GUUUUAUGAAGUUGCGCAAUUCUCUGUUGAGACUUUCCUGACUGGAAACUUCCUGAUACACUUCGUUUCACUUUUCAUUUCUGUAAACUUCCCUGGUUUUGAGAAGAGCACGGAUGUUUUGAUCAACACUGUGUCGUUUAAAAUACAAAUACGAACACGAAGAGUGUUUUAAAUACGGUUAUCCUAUGGUUGGUUUCGAGGUGAAAGUAUGGCUGCCCUAGAUGCCUCUAGAAAUAUAAAAGAAGCAGCGGAGGACGCAGCUCAAAUGCUGAGUGACGCCAUCAACUCUGGAGACAAAGAUGAAGCGACCAAAUACCUGGAUCAACUUUUGGAUCUGAAACUCCCAGUGUGUGUCAAAAUAAAUCCUGAAGCGUACUCUGAAGACAGCAUCAGGUUGAGAGUAGGAGUGGCGGACGCCGCAUCAGACGCCCACAUCCCAAUAACAGUGAUGGUACCAGUUUACAUGACAAUCUCAGAGCUGAAAGAAAAGAUCAGUCGUGACUAUGGCUUUCACCCGGCCCUCCAGCGUUGGGUGAUCUCGAAGCGUCUCGCCCAGGACAGGGAAACCUUGUAUCAUUAUGGGGUCAGAAACCACGACGAUUCUGCCUUCCUCUUCAUCCUUUCUGCCCAGGCUGCCAAUCUGAGCCGGGAACAAGAGAGAAAAGAGAAAGAGGACAGACGGAUUGAUGAUAUAAUCGGGAUCAUUGAUCGUCCACCUCAUCGGCCACCAGAGCUCAUCUCCAGAGGAGCCAAUCGCCCUCCUCUACCUCCCAAACCUCAGUCGGGUUGGUCAUGUCCUGGCUGCACGUUUAUGAAUAAACCGACACGUCCGGGUUGUGAGAUGUGCAGCACAGCGAGACCUGACAACUAUAAAGUGCCUGACAUAUACCAGCCGGACGAGGCAGAAACCAGGAGACUCCAGCAGGAGGAACUCGCCAGCCUGCAGUACAAGCAGUCUGUUAAGGAUGAACGGGAGAGGAAUUUCCAAGAACUCCUGGAAACGGAUUCCCGCAGUCUGGUGGGGAACGUGGAUGAGCUGGAUUGUGCCAUCUGCUUUUGCACCAUCAUGCCAGGAGAGGGUGCCGUGCUGAGAGAGUGCCUGCAUAGCUUCUGCAGGGAAUGUCUGAAGGAAACGGUUCUGAACUGCACGGAUGCAGAAGUGGCGUGUCCUUAUAGAGACGAUGCUUAUUCCUGUAACUGCAAACUUCAAGAUAGAGAAAUCAGAUCACUUCUAUCCCAGGACGAGUACCAGAAGUUUCUAGAACUGAGGCUGAACAUCGCAGAGUCCCGCAGUGAGAACAGUUACCACUGUAAGACGCCCGACUGCGCCGGCUGGUGCAUCUUCGAAGAUGACGUGAACGAAUUCACAUGUGACAUCUGCAACGAGACCAACUGCCUCCUCUGCAAGGCUAUUCACAAGGGAAUGAACUGCAAGGAGUACCAGGACGACCUCCGUAUUCGAGCACAGAAUGACGACGCAGCCCGGCAGACCACAGAGAUGCUGGAUCAACUCCUGAAGAACGGCGAGGCGAUGAACUGUCCCAAAUGUCAGGUGAUUGUCCAGAAGAAGGACGGCUGUGACUGGAUCUGCUGUCUGAUGUGUAAGACCGAGAUCUGCUGGGUGACCAAACAAGCCCGAUGGGGACCUCAGGGUGCUGGAGACACAUCAGGUGGUUGCAGAUGUCGAGUCAACGGAGUCCUCUGCCAUCCACGCUGCCAGAACUGCCACUGAACACCGGCGGCAUCGCUGAAUGCUGCUGAUUCAACAAGCAAAAACCUGUGCUACAGCAAAAAAACACUUAUAAAAUAAUCCAGGUAGGGCUGAUGUGCAACAUACAGUUUGCGAUUAUUGCUUUAAUAUGUUCGUUAAGUCUAGUCAUAUCACUGGCACAUUAAUCCAGAUGUCUGUAUUUAAUUGAUAUGUUCUAUGACUAAAUAUUCAGAACAUGUUUACAAAAUUAAAAUAUUUGAGGUUUCAUGGGAUAGUAUAAACUGAUGAAAAAGUGACAUUUUGAAAAUAUACGUGAAAUGGUCUUAAAUCACUACCAUUUUCUGGCAAACUGAUGCUCUGGGACUUUGUGCAAUGAUAUAGUAAGAGGAAAGCAUUAUUGUGUUUAAAUCUUGAUUUCUUUUAAGGCCAUUUUUGUUUAGAAUCCAAAGAUUUUUUGUUGUUGUAAUAUCAUAGCAAAAUAUGCAAUAUGGAACAGUGAAGUAACAACAGAAGAAAACAACAUAUUCAAGAUUAAUUUAAAUGUAGAAAAAUGCAAGUUUGUAAUCAAAUGAGUAGUUGCGCCUUUUAUGAUGAAUUAAAAAUGCUUAAUUAU